UAGAUAAUCUUCUAUAAAUAAAGUAUUGACACUUGACUGUUUUCUGGCUCGUGAAGAAAAACAACAAUAUUUACAUAAAUACCCUUGAAAUAUGCGCAAUUAAAGAAAAUUUCCUAAAGCAGGUAUGCCAGAAUCUCCAGCAAAUACCAAACAUCAAGACAAAUUACAUACGUUCAAGUAUUUGCCAUUUUCAGUGUGUAGUGCAAUCAAUUAUAUGGUUUUUCAGUGUUGUAUUAUUUGCAGUUUGCUUAAUUAGCCAGUAUUUUGGAGCCCCUAUUUUAUUGCCAGCCGCUUCAUAUAUAAAUUUACAGCUAUUUUGUGGACAAACAUUUUCAAGAGAACUGAUAAUUGAGGCAAACAUGAUAGCAGCAUCCUGUUUCUUUUAUUAUAUGCAUGGUUUGUUUUUUUGUUGGACUAUGCAUGAAGUGUAGUGCGAUAUUUGUUGGUUUUCUUUGAAUUUAAUCAUAUACAAAUUUGUAACCAUGCAGUCCUGUGUUGGAUUAGAGGGCCGAAAUAUGGGCUCCGUUUGGAAGAGGCUGCAGAGGGUCAACAAGAGAGCUGCCAAGUUUCAGUUCACUGUAUCCUAUCAUCAGCUGUCUGUUGAUUUUACAUCUAAAUGGGAACCACAUCGGAUAUCACUGGUAUGGUCGAGAAGAUCGCGAAGAGUAGCUUCCAAUCCAGUGGCAUGGGAGCCUACCCUUCAGAACCCUUACAAGGCUAUGGUGGUGUGGCCGGUACCAGAAAAUCACCAGGUGGCUAUUACGCUGUUCAAGGAUCCAAGAACUCCUGAGCUAGAGGACAAGGAAUGGACCUUCAUCAUAGAAGAUGUACCUACGACAGGCAAGAGACGGCAACUUGCCACGGCACAUCUAAAUAUGAAAAAAUAUGCCAGUGUAGAAUCGUCACAAACAGAGCUCCAAAUUGUUUUCAAGCCAACCACAAAGAAGAUAACCGGUGCCAAACUCGACUUGACGCUUUCCUGUGUAUUUUUAAGGGAAGGAAAAGCAACGGACGAAGAUAUGCAGUCGAUGGCUUCCUUAAUGUCAGUAAAUAAUAAUAGUGACGAUAUCGCACCGUUAGAAGAUGUGGAAGACGAUGAUUUCUCCCAAAACGAUAGUUUAAUUAAAAACAGCCUCCACGAAGUUACCCAUAACUUGCAACAAAUGACGAAUUCUUUGAGCGGUUCGGAUUUUGCAAGUACUCCUAUUAGUAUAAACAGUAUACAGUCUCUCUCGCGCGACGACAAGACGCCAACGGUGGAAAUGUUUUCGCCCAUCGCCGACAAAUCUAAACUAGUCAAAAAUUUCCCCGCCCCAAAGGUCACCGACUUUCCCGCAAUCGAUCGCGACAUCUAUUCGGAAGAAUGUUCCGAUCUCUUGGACAAACUGGACAAUUUGGAGGAAGACGACUUGUUGGACAGGAAACCGACAACCGCACCGAAGAUCGUCAGUGUCAGUACCAAACCGGAAGUAACGUUAACUAGCAAGCCCAUCGCCGAAACCAAUAACAAGAACGCCAGUCUAAAGUUACCGCCUCUGGAUUUGAACAAAGAUCACAUAGAAACGCCGAAACAUCAGCAGAAACUCACCACGCCAGGUCAGGAUUUAAUGGAAUGGUGUAAAGAAAUGACUAAGGAUUAUUCUGGAGUUAAAGUUACCAACCUAACGACUAGUUGGAGAAACGGCAUGGCGUUCUGUGCUCUUAUUCACCAUUUCAAUCCGGAAUUGAUCGAAUUUGACUCUUUAUCCCCCCAUGAUAUUAAAGCUAAUUGUAAAAUAGCUUUUGAUGCAGGUGAUAAGCUGGGUAUACCACGAGUUAUAGAACCAUCUGAUAUGCACAUGUUAGCUGUUCCUGACAAAUUAGCUGUAAUGACUUACCUCCAUCAACUUAGAGCUCACUUCACUGGUCACCAGCUAGAAGUUCAGCAGAUUGGUAGGACUGCUGAGGAGAGUAAUUACGUCAUAGGGAGGUUUAAUACCGACAAGGAUACCGAUAUUACUAAGCAAGUGUUUGGUCAAGAAAUUAUUAAUUUGAGGAUAGCCAAACAAACCAGGAAAUCUACAGAAAGAGAGAUGAAUAUAGUCAACAAAGAAAAAGGGGAUGCAUCAAAACUCACCUUGCCACUCAAAAUAACCACGGAACCUUUACCUGUUAAAGAAAAAUCACCUACUGUAGUGAAAGAUGUAAAAGAUAUAUUAUUGAGCAGUUCUAAAAAUAUUAUGAGCAAGGUUAAAUCUUCACCUGGCAAAGAUAAGCAAACCAAGAAACAGGAAGAAAAGAAAAUUGAACAAAAGAAACCAUUAUUGAUGACGAGAAGAGAAUUAACGGAUCCUUUUGGAUCGGACGACGAGGAUGAUCAGUCGACAUUGACAGGACAACAAACAGGCAAUCCACCAGAUAUUAAUGGGGAAAUACUCAACGGAAUAUCGGAAAAUUCUGAUAAAGAUAAAUCUGAUGUAUUUGCAGAUUUACCCAAACCCAAUCCACAAAUUUUAAUGCGCCACUCAGAGCAAAGAGAAAGGGCCAGAGUACUUCUAGAGCAAGCAAAGAGGGAUAGUUCAAAUCCAACGUCACCAACCAAGUCAGAGGAAGAGCGGCAAAAUCAGCUUCGUGAACGCGCGAGGCGGAUGCUUGCUGAUGCAAGACGAGGUUCAGGACCGACAACAGAAAUUAUUCGAGUAAGCCCGGAUUCUUACAAGCCCUAUAUAGAGUCGGAGGAUUUGAAUUUUGAAAAGCACCCAAGCACAGACUCGGAGAGAAAUGGAAAUAUAUACUCGCAAAAUAAAGGAGACGAAUACUCAAGGAAGCAGAGUCCGAUCGACAGUGUGGAUAAGUUCGAGAGAAUUACUCCAGACAAACUACCUGACGAUCUAGGACUAAAGGAGAUGGGAAUAGACGUUCAUUCUCUGAUAGACAAAGAAAUGGAAGACCUAGAAAGGGAACAGCGCGCGAUAGACGAACAGGCGGCCAUUUUAGAAAAGAAACUCAGAGACGUUAUGGAAUCCAACAACAGUAAUGGCGAAGAAGAGUCGUUAAUGGCGCAGUGGUUCAUGUUGGUGAAUAAAAAGAACGCGCUCUUACGGCGACAGAUGCAACUUAAUAUUUUAGAAAAGGAAGCCGACUACGAGACACGAUACAAAGCUUUAAACGAGGAACUUCGAGAAAUCGCGUCUAUAGAGGAUUGGAAAAAGACAGAUGAACAAAGAAGUAGGGAACAAGUCCUUUUGGAUGAAUUAGUGCAGAUUGUUAACAAAAGGGACGAAUUGGUGCAUCAUUUAGACAGUCAGGAAAAAGCUAUUGAAGAUGACGAAAUUAUCGAACAAGAUCUUUCACAAAUAGAAUUACCGGCUAAGGAUACCAAUUGUGUUAUAUCCUAAAACCACUAAACACAUCGUGAAAUUGCGCAAUUUUCCAAGGAAUCAUACUCGAAUGACGUCUUAUACUUCUAACUGAUGUGGUGCUUCUUGUGAUAUUUAUUCAUAAUUUAUUAGUUUCUAUGAGAGUUGAACUUUUUGUUUUCCAUAUAAUGGGAAAUUGUGCAUUUUCCUAUCCUACUUCAGAGUUUUACUUUAUUGAGGAAAUUUAUUUAUUUUGGUGAAACAGCUAACGUCUAUAAAAGCGAUUAAUUCAUUAACAAGAACUUCUUACACGGUUCUAUAUUGUCGUAUUUAGUAGAUUAUUAUUAAGGCCGUGAAAUCAUGAUUUGGUCUCAUAUUUGUUUAUUUUGUUGCCAAUCAGUCAUAAAGUUUUGCUUGACAGUGAUAGUUGACUGUUAAAUUAUUUUUUGAAUUUCACAAGAAAUAGAUCUAAUGUCAGUUUGGUUAGAUUACAACCAUGAUCACAUUUUUUAUUCUCAGUUUACGGGUUUUGACUAGUAAUAUAAUAUACACCUCACUAAAACUAAAUUGUAUUGCUGUAACUAAAACUAUACUUAAUUUUUUUAAUACAUUAACACUAAAUUAUUAAACUAAUAUGGCUACAUAAAACAUUCAAGAGAAGCACAAAGUGGGGCGCUCAUUUUUUUCAAUUCGACUGUUAGCUGUAACGCUAGAAUCUCGCAGUCUGAAUGACGAACUCCAAAUGAAACACUCCACAUGCUGCCAACAAUCUGCCAAAUUUUAUUGGCUGGCGGAGAAUAUCUGGUAGUGACGCCACUAGUUUUUCUAGUAUCAAUAUCAAAGAUGCUAUAGCAGGGUGCACCAAUUUUUUUUUAAAUUUUAGUUACCGUGAAAAUAUUGCUCACGAUGACAAAAAAAAUUCUGGUUAAGUUUGAGCUUUUAAUAUGAAUAUUAAGAGGUCUCUUCGUGAUUUUCUGGUUCCCAUUUAAAUAACACAGGAAAUUUUAUAUUACUUUCUAACAAAUCAGCCUGUUGUGAACGUCAAUACAUAUUCUUGUAGGAAAUUGAACGAUCUUCAAAAAAAAGUCUGAUAUGAUUUUUCAUUUAAUUGACUCGUUUGAAAGUUAUUGGAGGUGUAGCAGAUUUAGUUAAUAAAAAAAAUAUUAUCUAAAAAGCUAUUGUCCCAUGCGUCGGCAGCUUUUCAUCAAUGGAGCAGUCAUGGGUUCGUUUGUAUUUCAUUGGAGAAAAAUAAUACAAUUACAAAUUACACUAAAAGUAUUGGGCGCCAGCCAACAUACAAAAAACACAGUCGUAGUUAAAAAUAAAUGACUGAUCAGGAUGAUUCCUAAUUGUUGUAAUUAGCGAUAAUUAAUGAAUGAUUAUUGUAAUUUCAAUGUGUUACCAAAGAACACUUGACGAACUUUACGAAAAAUAAGAUAUUUUAUGUUUUUGCGCUAUUAAAAUAUAAAAAAAAUUACGGAAGUUAUCAUAUAAAAUUUCAAAAAAUAAAAAUAAAAAAAAAUCCCCAUGUUAUUUAUGUGGGAAAUAUAAAAUCACGACCUCUUACAGCGCUUUCAGAUGGAGCAGACCGUCGGCGACUUCGAGCAAGUACCAUGAGAAAUUAUUCAUAUAAAAUGAAGAAUUUCACAUGGGCGCGUAUGCUUCGUCCGAGGGCUAUCUUGAAAAAAAAAAACACGGCGGAUGGUCCGCUCCAUCUAAAAGCGCUGUUAAUGUUAUUAAGAUCACAAACUUUACCAGAAGUUGAUAACCGUGAAUGAUAUUUCCACGGUAAUAAAAAGAAAAAAAAAAUUGUGCUCCUUUUACUAUACAGUCAGUUGUCACUGUUAAUAAAAUGGCGGUGGAUUGAUAACAACAAAAAACAGUUAAAAUCAAACUGUGAUUUCAAAACAGGCUUAAUACUAUAUAUUAUGAUCUAUAAAACACUUAAUAUAUCAUGAACCUGAUCACCGAAUUAUUCGAAAUUUUUACAACAAUGUUGGCUGUAAACGUAAGCCAUCCACGCGUAGUGCAAUAUUAUUUCAUAUCCUGAGUGAAGCCAAUUUUUGCCAAAAAAAAUCGCUUUAGUUUUCGCAGACAAAUUAGUACCUUA